AUGGAAAGAGUCAUGGUCAAAAUAAUAAUAAAAGCACCGAAUCAGCAGAUUAAAGAUCAAAUAAUAAAUUGCAAUAUUGGGUGGACCAUUAGCCAACUGAAAGAACAUUUGUCCGAUGUUUAUCCCAAUAAACCAGAGCGAGCAAGCCAGAAACUUAUAUAUUCAGGACAAUUAUUAAAUGAUUCCACAUGUUUAAAAGAUGUUUUGAGACAUUGCAAUGGACAAGAGGAUCAAGCUUAUAUAAUUCACUUGGUCUGUACUUCACAAAAGAUAUUGACAAAUAAAAUGACUGACCAAGUUGUAGAAAACACAAAUAUAAUUUCUGCUGUAAGAAGUACAGAACAUAUGAGAUUAAAUAAUACGAAUAAUAUACAAAAUCAAAGUCAACAUAACAACAACAACAACAACAAUAAUGUUGCUAUGCAACACACUUCUGCACAAUCGUACUCUACACAAUAUUUUGAUCCGCGGAAUAGUCAACAAAUGGCUUGGAUGCAACAAGCAUAUAACCAUUAUUUUACACAAUAUAUGCAACUAAUAGCAGCACAAGGAAUACAAUUACAAACUAGCAUUCCAUAUGUCCAACAAAUGAAUGUCAAUACAAAUAAUAGUGCUCAAAAUCCAUAUACAAAUAACACAAAUAACAAUAAUAAUAAUAAUAACAACAACAACAACAACAACAACAACAAUAUGGGUGACGAGCAACAACAACCUGGUGCUCAAGAAGGUGAUGUUAAUGGAGGAAAUAAUGGUGCUGGAGAAGAUGGUGCAUUUAACAGAGAUUGGCUAGAUGUCUUUUAUAUGCUGUCUAGAAUAAUCGUUCUUUUCAGUAUAGUAUAUUUUUAUUCAUCUCCUCUAAGAUUUCUGAUUGUUACGUUUCUUGGCUUUGCAAUGUAUCUAUAUCAAGGUGGUUUUUUCCGAGUACAACCUAUUCUAUUAGCUGAAAAUAAUAACGGCAGAGGAGAUCGGAUGGAUAACAAUAAUCAAAUAUUACAAAAUGAAGCAAUAGGUCCUCAAGCUGUACCACAGCAACAAAAUGGUCAAAUUCCAACAGUACAAACAGAGGCAAGAACAAAUGCAAAUGAAGAACAUGAAGAGGAAAGACCUGGUGCACUUGCUUUUACCUGGACAUUUUUCAGUACAUUUUUUGCUUCGCUUAUUCCAGAUCAACCAAAUGUUAUUUAAUUUUAAGGAAUGUCAAUUUGUUAUAAAGCUAAUUUUCUUCCUUUAAGAAAAUAUUUUUAAAACAAAACAUGAAAAUUUAAUGAGGUGGUCUCUUUUUGCAUACAUACUUAAUAAAUCUUGAUAUCAAAAGAAAUGUUAUUAAAAAUUCUAAAAAUUUUUAAGAAAACUCAAAGAAAUUUUACAAAGUUUGCAGAUAUACAAGAAUUUUUCAGAUAAGAUUCUUGUAUACAAUAGUAGAUAUACAUAUUAAAUAUACGCUUAAAAUAAAUAGCAUUUUUAUAAAUAUUGCUAUUCAUAUACAUCUAAUAAUUUUUUGUAUUUAAUUCAUUGAGAUUACCUCAGGAUAAAUUAAAUUUAUAAUCACUGAUCAUUUUAUAGAAAAUGAUUUUAUAAGUUAAAUUUAAAUUUAUUAAUUUAAAAACAUCAUCCCAAAGUAUUUAGAAUUUUUGUUUUAUAAUAAAUUUCAUGUUUUUCUAGUUCUAUAAAGGUACAACGAGAAAAGUAUAUACUGUAUAUAUAAAUAAAAUUAACGUAAUGUAGAGCUUAUAAGGUGUUGAUAAAUAUAAAUAUUAAGAAAUAUAAUAAGAUAUAAAGCUUACCGAUUUUUGUUCAAAAAAAUUAUUGAAGUAACAAUCUUGUUACUUCAAUAAUCAAAUGAUUUUUUGCGAAUUUUGUUAUGAGUGAAUUUAAAAAAUUCACUUUUUAAGAUUUAUUAUUUAUGUAUUUAAACUCUGUUUUUUCCCCAGAUAUAUAUAUAUUUAUAUAUGAUUUGUAAACAAUACAUUAAACAAAGAUAUUCUUAAUAAAUUGUAGAACUUCUGUAAUUUCUUAAUUAACAGAUAAUAAAAUGUUAUUAAUAAAUUAAAAAUAUAAUUUAAUAAAAUAAAAAAUAGAGAAAGCUUAUCGCAAUUAAAAAACAUUCUUAUAAUUUCUAUAGUUUAAUUAGAUAAUUAAUUAAUAUUUAAUUAAUUAUAUUUAUAGUUUAAUUAA